GUGCAUUUGCGGAUUUGUGCUUUGUCUGCUCGCUCUGCACUAGACAGCUCCAUUUUUGUGGUCCGGUUGAAGUAGUUUGUUGAAAAUGUAUUAGGUUUCAGGAAUUUCAAAUCUAUAAUCUUAAUUUUCAAUUCUCAAAAUGUUGAAAACCUCUGUUUUGAUCACUGCUUUUAAGCAGUUCAAUGUACUGAAUCAAACAUUGAAGCUAAGCUCGUUACUGUCUCAAAGUAAUAGUCAUGAUUCUCUCUCAGCAGUCAAUUCAAGGGAAUUUCAUUUUAGCUUGCCACGUAUGAAACUAGAAGAUCGUAGAAAAAUGUUACUAUCAAUGCCAAAAAAAGACGAAGGAACUGAAGGAGAAAGUAGUAUUUUUAUUGAUUCCAGCAAAAGUCGAGAUGAUAUGUUUCCUAAUGAAGAUACUCCUAACACAUUGUUCAACGGAAUUCCAUUCAAAGAGGUUCCUAUUUGCAAUAUUCGCUCGUCCCGCAACAACACUAUAAUGACUCUGACUGAUCCUAAAACUGGUAUGCCAAAAAUUAUCCGAUCGUGUGGUGUUGAAGGGUUCAAAAACACCAGAAAAGGCACCAAUGUAGCAGCUCAAGCUACAGCAUUGACAUUUAGCUCUCUUGUAUUGCAAAAAGGAGUCAAAACAGUGAGGGUAGUCGUUAGAGGAACAGGACCUGGAAGAAUGUCGGCCAUUAAAGGACUGCAGCUGGGUGGCCUGAACAUCAUAUCAGUGUCGGACACAACGCCUGUUUCGUUCAACCCGCCCCGACCACCCAGGCCCCGGUCUCUCUGAACGACAUGGAAUUAUUGCAAGGGCCUAUCAUUCGAUUCUGAUUGUAUGCUGAAUUUGAGGACAACGAAUACUACUUGAGAGCAGCUUAAAAUCUUCUAUUAAUAUGAUAAGCGAUAUUUACUUGAUUUUCAAUUGUUUCUAUUAAUUAUUUGAUUUUGAAACUAAGUUGCCAAUCCAAUAUUUUAUAUUCGAAAUGUAGGCUUAAUAAGAUUAUUUUAUCGAAUACCACUCAUUGUAUUAGGGAACUCCAUCACAUACAAACGAAGUAUAAAAAAGCAUGGGUAUAUCACUCUUUCUGCAUGUUUUUAGGGAAUUGAAGGAUUUGAAAUCGUAAUCUUUCCCCCUGUUGUCAAAGGAAAGAGUAAACGUUAGGUUAAAUAAAUAUUACAUUAUGGUUUUAAAUCCUCUCUUGACUUUAAUAACUCAGUGCUGUUCAAGAGCUACCUAUUUUCAAGAUCCUUUAUCAAUUAUGUUAUUAGUUGUUAUUCAUCCUAACUUAGAUGGUUUAGUCUCUUGAGUUUAUUAUUAUAUUUAUAUAUUUUUUGUAUUAUUCAUUUGUAAUUCUUUGAAUUAUAGAAGAUUGAAUUUAUCAAACUAAGAACGUUUAAACACUUCCCAUCAAAGUAUUGUCAACAAUUUAACGAUCCUAGAACAGUUCCCAGUUGCUUAAACUAAUUUUAUUGUACAAUUCGUGAACAAAUUCGACUUUUCUCGAAGGCCUGGGAUAAUAUUUCUAAUUUGCUGUUUUAUUUUUGAUACCAUAAUAGUGUACUGUUGUUUAUAGCACUCUCAUUGCAAUAACUAAGCAAUAUUAUUUAUGUAAAAGAAACAUGAAUAGUUGAAAAUAUGUUGUAAUUUCGCUAUUAUUGAGAAUAUUAUACUAUUUAUAAUUCUAAAAUAGUGUAGUAUAAUCCAUAAACUUGUCAUCAUGGAAAAGGUCUUGAAGUUCAGUCUGUGAAAGCGGAGUUUCUAUAUAAAUAUUGACAUUUAGAAUCAACUUAAUCAAUGAUUGACUUGAAGAUUCUCCAGUAGACAUUUUACUAGUUUGAAUUCUCCGCCUGAAUCCCAGGGUUGCCAACAUUAACGGGAAACAUCCUAUUUUACCGCAAGGUUUUUGCAACUUCAACAUUCAGUCGAACUUGAAGAUUUAUUGGAAGAUUAUAGGAUAAUUUUUAUUAAUUAUACAAUAGAAAUAAGUUUUUAUGGAUAGUUGGGUGUAUUUAUUAUUGUUUUUUAACUAUUUUACAGUGUGAACUUGAUAAAUCAAGAUGUGCCGACCAUACAAUAAUUGUAUAUUAUUGGUUUUUCACUGAUGGUAAUGUGAUUCUAUUUUCAGUUAAUAAAGAAUUAAACUAGAAAAA